AUGGGCCAGUGUGGCUGCAGCAGAAAUGAUGCAGCACCGAUGCGGAGGAGCUCAAGAAAGGAAGACAAUGUUGAGUCGGCUUUGUUGAACGAGUCUCGGCGCUUUAUCCUCGAGCGGACCAAAGCCAAGCGUGGGCCACAAGGAGUGGAGCUAGGCUGGUUGAACUUCAUGGUCCAGAAGCUUUGGCCAAAGCUGAGCAAGGCUUGUACUGCAAUUAUCAAGGAGGAGCUUCAGCCCAAACUGCAGGCUGCUGUGCCUGCAGUUCUGAGUGGGAUCUACUUCAAGAAGCUAGACUUCGGAAAUCAGCAUCCCUUGCUAGGCCCGGUGGGUGUCGCCCAUGGGAAGCAGAAUCAGUACGACGGAUUGGAGCUCGACGUGAAGCUUGUUUGGAAGUGCGAUGCCGAGGUAGUGCUCGAAGUCCAGGGGAUUGAAAUCGGCCUGGAAAAGAUCAGAAUCGAUGGGACGGUUCGAUUGCAGCUGCGGCCUUUGCUGCACCACUUCCCCUGCAUGGGAGGGCUGCAGAUCACUAUGAUGUCUCCGCCGAAUUUGAACUGGAACUUCCGGGGCCUUUUGGGGGCCUUGCAGCUUGAUGUGCUUUCGCGGGUGAUGCGCCAGGUUGUGGCAGACCAGAUAUCUGAGCUACUGGUGGUCCCAAACCUGCUAUUCGUCCACUGGAUGGACUCCUCUGCCGAUGUGGACCUCGAAGUGCUCCAAUUCCCUCACCCCGAGUGCAUCGUCCGCCUUUGUGUGAGAGAGGCCCGAAACUUGAGAGGUUCCGACUGGAACUAUUUCGGCUUCAAGGGCACCUCGGAUCCCUAUGUGUCGGUGCAUUUGGGCUCGCGUCUCUGGCACACUCCCAAGAAGUCACGGACACGGAACCCCAGGUGGGGCGACGCAGGCUGUGAAGACUUCUUCGUGUACACGCCAAGCCAGUUCGUGAAGGUCGAUGUCUAUGAUGCAGACAUCGGGCCAGGCACGGACGACCAUCUUGGCCACGUCGCUGGUCUCAAAGUCGAGGACCUGCUGAAUUCUCCGAGCCAGUGGUGGCCUCUCUCUGGACGCAAAGUGAGAGAUGCUCAGCCGGAGCCAGGCACCGCUUCCCAGGAUACCUCCCAGGAUCACUCGCAUCCGCACGGGGAGGUUUACAUCCAAGCUCGAUUCUACGAUCUCAGGACGCAUCGACAAGACGUUCCAAAGCCCAUGGGAAAGGCAGCUGCGGAAGCUUUUGUUUUCAUCGAUCUGCGCAGCUUGCGUGGUUUGCAGCAGAAGCAGGCCCAAGGAGCUACCAUCACCUUCAAGCUCGAAGGGAACACCCACAAGAGCAGAGGUGCCACAUACAAGGCGACCACUUACGGCUCCGCGCUGACUGCAUCAGCCCAAAGACUUGUGGAACACCUGCAGAAUUCCCAGGGCAAGUCGAUUGAGGAAAUCAUGAAGAUAUCUGGACUCAGCAAGGAGCAGGUUGCGUCCGUGGUACAAGCUCGACCGUCUUUCACAACGCGGUGGCACCAACCUUUCUCUUUCCCCAUUCGGGAUCUGGACACCGCGCAGUUGGAGAUCUCGCUUGGAAUCCGGCGCCCAUAUCAGAAGUCCCUUGCGCAGCUGAAGAGUCCCAUCUGUCUUAAGGAUCUGGUGGACAGCGGCAAGUGGCAGCUUGACAAAGCCUUGGUCCUUGAUUUGGACGGUAAAGAAGGCGCCAGCGUGGUGCUCGAAACUCUUGAGCUCAGCUUGCGGAUAACAUUGCGGACCUCUCCUCUCUCGAAGAAUCCCGACUGGCCGGAUGGGGAGGCUCCGGCGGGCUGGGCUUCCAUCGACCUCAAAGAGGUCGUCCUGCGGGAGGAGCAUCUCAGACUGACAGCCGAAGCUCGCAUAGAGACUGCAUGUUGCACGGAACAUGCUUUGGCAUCGCAACUUUCUGAGAUGAAGAACCUUUUCUGCCGCAUCCCGUGUGGUCCGAGCAUCCUUUUUGAAGCCUUUGGUAGCUUUAGCCUGCAGUGUCCUCGAGUGUUCCACUGCGAUGCUGCUCGGACGACUUGCCGCUCCCCGGCUGCCAGGAGGAUUGGAGUCUCCGCUGCCACGCCCUUCGCCAAGUUCAACGCACGAACCUUCGCUGCGCAGGUCACAUCUCCGCGUCCGCUGUCCAUCCGCGGAGAUGGCCUGGUCCUGCAGUGCAUCACCGCGGCGCUGAUCUACUUCGUGCCUCAAGAUGCGGUGUUCCUGGGCGGCCUCUUCUAUCUGUGGCACAACACUGCUGUGUCCAUCAGCCCGAAGGUCACGAAAGCUGAUGCCGAUGCUGCGGUUGAAGAGUUCAAGGCCAAGAAGGGGAUCGAGAACGUCAAGGUCUCGAAGGCAGCGGCAAAGUUUUCCCUUGCGAGAGCAGCAAACUGGAAGGAUGAGGCCUUGCGGAAUUUGUCCAAGAUUGAGAAGCACCGCCGUGAGGAGGUCAAGGAUCUCCUCGAAGCUGAAACCAUGCUUCGAAGACAGAUGCAGGAUGCUGAAGACUCCUCCGACAAGUGUUUGGCAGAGUUGCGAAGCGAACAUGCUCAUGCAGAGCGCAGAGUUGCGAGGGAGUUCGAGGAGUGUGACGCAGCUCUGUUGCUGCGCUCCAAAGCCGCAGAGGAACUACUCGCGGCUGCAGACAAGGAAAGAAGUUUGACACGCACGUGUGCGUUGCACGGGUUACGUGGGGAAGCACUGGAGGCUCGCCUUCAUGUCUCCCGGCAGCUGAUGGUCGAGGCGUGUCAGGCGCACGAGGCAGCCGACAGACGAGAGGCUGUGGCAGCACUGGCCAGAUCAGAGGCUAGGGGCGCAGAGGAGCUCGCAGUGCAACAGGCUGCUUCGCAGGGUCUGAUGGAAAGCCAAUUCCUGCGACAGAGUGCUGCAGAACGAGCUGAGCAGUUGGAAGUACAGGCAGCAACAGUGAAAGCACGCGCUGAUAAAGCAGUCGCACUGGUCGAGGGUGAGGUGGAGGCCUUGAAACAAGGUGCUUUGCAGCAGUGCGCGGCGUCAGAGCAGCAGGCAGAGGAGUUCAUUGAAUCCGCUCGUCGAGGCCUGGUACGGCAAUCCGCGAUUCGUGAGAAAGCCGAGGCGGCGGUGGCCGAUGCUUGGAACAGCGAGGAGGCGAACAUCCGCUCAAUGCGGGAAGAGCAGAACCUCGAGGUUCAAGAGGCCCUCGAAAGUGCUGCAGCUGCAGCUGCGGUUGGAGAAGAGCUGGCAACGGAGCUUGGGGAGGAGCUCCGCACCAGGCUGAGAAGCAUUCGAUCCGAGGAGAAGCAGGUGCAGCACGAAUCUGAGAAGGCCAUUGAGGCCGUGCAAGGUAAGGGAACUUGUCAAGAGGAGGAGGAUAUGCACCGGCUCCGAUCAACAGAGUGCUCUGAGAGUGAACUCCUGGCAGAAAGGCUUCACAUCGAAGAAGAGGUCUUGUCCUUCGAGGUGACAGAAGAGGAGGCCGCCAGCAUGUUGCGACAUCACUUGGAUCUACAAAUCAGUGAAGCAGCCGAGCGAUGCAAAGAGCUGGCGAAGAACACAUCCGGCGCCCUGCAGCAGCUUUGUGAGCUAACGCAGCACGCGGAACAAAGUGCACGGCAAGCCCAAGAAGCCGCUGAGCAGGAUGAGAAGAUGCACAGAUGUGCAGUGCAACAAUCUGAGGCUUCCGCUGAGGCCUCGGAGAAGUUGCAGCAGCUGCGAUCCCUUGCUUUGCACGAGGAGGUCUUGGCUGCAAAGCUUAAUGCCGAGCUCAGCAUGGCCCAUGACGAGCGGCUUGCCGGUGAAGAAGAGGAGGCUGCUCUUUCCGAAGAAGACCGUUGCAUCCGAGCAUGCUGCGAAGAGAUUGCUGCAGCUAGAUACGAGGCAGAGACUGUCAUCUCGAGCUGGCGAGCAGAGGAUGCAGUUCUAGAGGUUGAUGCCCAGGAGCUUCUCGACAAGGCUGCAGCCUUGCAGGUGGAGUCGCGGAUGCUUGAGGAAUCUCGAUGCUCAGAGGAGGAAACAUGUCAAGAGCUUGUCAUCGCGGCAGACGAGGUGCGGGCUGCAGCCCGUGCAGCCGUGCAUGGCUACGAAGCCAGGGAGGCAAUCGCGCAGAGGACGGCUCACGAGCUGCAGGAGGAAGCUAAGCAGAAGCAGGAAGCACGGAGCGUGGAUGCCGGCCACCGUUUCAAUUCAGCCGAGCUCCGUGCAGAAGCUGCUGCACGGCGUGCUUUAGAAGCAGAAGAGUCCAGCUGGAUUGCCAGAGAGAGGUACGAGCAGGAGUUGGCGAGCAUGCGCGAGUACGGCGAGAAGGAGGAGGCAGAGACCAUUCGCCGGGUGCUGGCAGCAGAAGAAGCAUUGGCAAACUCGAUGCGCUGGUCUGGCCAGCACAAUCAGCUUGGACUGGAGCUCUUCGGCGUGGCUCAGGCCCAGAAAGGUAUUCAUCGCACUUCACCUGCCUCCACGGCCGACGGAGCCCCACCAGACCUGGCAGAAGCGGAGGUUGGAUGA